AUGACAACGUUAAACUUUCCUCAUCCUAAGCAAAAACUGCUUCCAGACCAAAUUCAAUGCGCAUCACCACCGCAUCAGUCAUUGAACCCGACAAUAACUGAUCGAUUCAAAGGUUCUCUGUUGGGCCUAGCCGUUGGUGAUGCACUAGGCGCAAGUGUUGAAUUUCGCCCACGACAGUAUCUCGUCGAUCGUCCUGUAAAAGAUAUGCAAUCUGGAGGAACAUGGGGUCUUCAAGCUGGACAAUGGACAGAUGAUACAUCGAUGGCUUUGUGUCUCGCAUCAUCACUCAUUAGUCGGAAAGGAUUUGAUCCAUACGAUCAGUUAGUACGUUACAAGUGGUGGUACAAGUAUGGUUAUUUAUCUUCAACCGGACGCUGCUUUGAUAUUGGCAAUGCGACGCAUAAAUCAUUGGACGAAUUUUGUCGUCGUCAGAAUGAGUGUCAACGACGUUGGAAAGGAGUUAAUGAAGACAAAAUGGACAGCUUUUCAUAUGAAGAAAUGCGUCCAUCAGGUUUUGACGUCAAUUGUGGUGGACAAAAUGCAAAUGGUAAUGGUGCGCUAAUGCGUCUUGCACCUGUACCACUCUUUUUCUAUCGAGAACCUCAAAAGGCUGUCGAAUUAUCAGGACAAAGUGCUCGUUUGACACAUGGUGAUCCAAGAGCAAUCGAUGCAUGUCGUUACUAUGGAGCUCUCAUCGUUGCAGCAAUGCACGGCGAGAGUAAGGAACAGUUACUCGAUUCUAAAUUUUAUUCAGCACAUCGAACUUGGUUUGGAACGAAUGAGCUUCACGGAGAUGUACUUGCUGUAGCAAACGGUUCAUUCAAAAACGAUGGUGGAUAUGCAACAGGAAUUCGAGGUAGUGGUCAAAGUGUUAAGUCACUCGAAGCAGCUUUAUGGGCAUUUUGGAGUGAUGAGCAAUCUUUUGAAAAAGGAAUACUUAAAGCAGUAAACCUUGGUGAUGAUACGGAUACAACAGGAGCUAUCUAUGGGCAACUAGCAGGUGCCCACUAUGGUUUUAAUCAAAUUCCUCAAGACUGGACGCAAAAACUCUAUGCGAAAAAUUUAAUUUCCUGCGUCGCUGAAUGGCUACAAGCGCUAGGGGAUCCGCAUUUUCCAACACAGACAUCACGACAACAAGUGUCAGGAAAUUCGCGCUUGCCACUACAGCAACAAUUGUCAGAAAACUCACGCUCUUCAGUACAGCCAUCGCAGCAACAACUGUCAGGAGACCCGCGCUUUUCAACACAGACAUCACGACAACAAGUGUCAGGAGAUUCGCGCUUUCCACUACAGCAACAAUUGUCAGAAAACUCGCGCUCUUCAGUACAGCCAUCACAGCAACAACUGUCAAAAGACCCGCGCUUUUCAACACAGACAUCACAACAACAAAUGUCAGAAACUCCACGCUCUCCAGCACAGGCAUCACAGCAACAAGCAGCAACCAGAAUUUCUCAACCAACUGGAGCACAACACGAACAAAAUAACAAGACUCAUCAAAAUCCAACAAAAGUCGUGUCAAAUCCAACUAAUCAUCGGCCUAUUAUAUCUUCUGAUUCGACUACAAACAAUGCAGCACAGUAUAAUAUGCCCACUACAAAACCUGGUCCUGCUACUAAUAAAAACACCAGCAUUACGAAAAAUACCCAACCACACUCGACGCCUUGGGAUUGGUUCCGACCUCAACAAUAG